GAUCGUUGAAAUUAAUUUCCUACAUUCAGUAUUUGUGAGACUUUCAAUCAAAAUAGAGUCUUUCACAUCACUAUUACAUUUUGUUAAUAUUAUUAGUAAUCACAAUAACUAUGGCCUGUAAAAUUAAUAUUGAUCUUGGCAAUGGAAAACAAAUGCCGGCAUUAGGCUUUGGUACAUGGCAAGCAACAGAUGCAGAGUUAGAAAAUGCGUUAGAGAGUGCACUUGAAGCUGGAUAUCGACAUAUUGAUACAGCUUAUGUCUAUGAAAAUGAAGCUGUUAUUGGAAGAGUUUUAACUAAAUGGAUAAAGGACGGUCGUCUUAAGAGAGAAGAUCUUUUUAUUGUCACCAAGUUACCACCGACUGGAAACAAACCAUCAGGAGUUGAGAAAUUUCUAACAAGAUCAUUAAAGAACUUAAAUGUGGAUUAUCUCGAUUUAUAUUUAGUUCACACACCAUUUACAUUUGCUGAAAGAGGUGAAGACAUUCAUCCAUUUAAUGAAAACGGGGAAAUUUUAAUUGAUACUUCGACAGAUCAUGUUGCAGUUUGGAAGGAAAUGGAAAAACAAUUAAAGGCGGGUAAAACAAAAUCAAUAGGAAUAUCAAAUUUUAAUAAAAAACAAAUUGAACGAAUUCUAUCAAAUUGUGAAAUAAAACCAUCAAAUUUACAAAUUGAAUUGCAUUUAUAUUUUCAACAAAAUGAAUUGGUCAAUUACUGUAAAGGGAAAGGAAUUACAAUUACUGCGUAUUCACCAUUAGGGGCACCUGGUAUUGGAGUUCUACUCAAGAAAUUAAAUGCUGCCAAAGAAAUACCAGACGAACUGGCAAAUGAAACUGUAAAGAAAAUCGCUGAAAAAUAUAACGUUACUCCUGCUCAGAUUCUUUUACGUUAUACUGUUCAACGAGGCAUUGCAGCAAUUCCAAAAAGCAUAAAUCCAACUCGUAUUAAAGCUAAUAUUAGCAUUUUUCACUUUGAAUUGGAUAACGGAGAUAUUACCGAACUAAAAGCUUUAGAUCAAGGAUCAUCUGGACGUGUUUGUGAUUUUAAAUUUUUCAAAGGGAUUGAUAAACAUCCAGAAUAUCCAUUUCCGGAAUGCCUUUGAUUUAUUUGAAAAAAUUUUUAUUAGUUAAUUAGAUCGAGCAUAAAUGAGCACACAAUUUUAAAAUAAAAUAAUAGACUUAAAAAUUAGAAGACAUGUAAUUGCUAAAUAUUCUAGCUAAUAUUUUGCUUUGGCAGAGGUUAUUGGCAAGAGCAAUAUAAAUUUAAAAUAAGCGCGCUUUUUAAUUCACAUCAGUGGAAUGUUAAAGGUGUGAUUUCAUGGUGACACUUGACGCUAGCUUCUAGCAUCAAAUUUGAUCACAUGGUAUAAUUUCGAUCAAAGUGCCAUCUAGAUAAAUAGCAGCGAUAGCUGAAAAUAUUUGAUCUUCAAUUAAUUAACACUGGUAUCAUUUACUUGACGCUAAAAAUUUUAUCUCGAACUGAAUUACAAUCGAUAUUAAGAAACAUGUUUAAAAAUACUUCAGACAGACAGUUGCGCUUCUUAGAUAUUAUUUAAUAAUUAAAAGUAAAGAAAGUCUCAUAUCUCAUGUCCAUUGACGCCCGAGGGAAAAUCGAGGGUGACAAACAUUAGAUCUAAGAAUUUCUUUACUUGCUCCCGUGGUGUGUAUAUUAUUUUUCUCCCCGAUUGAGGCGGGAAGUGGCAACUUCGUUUUGCACAGCUGGCAGAAAGUUGACACUUUCUGCACGGAGGUGAGAAAACUUAUUAUUUUAAAAUAUAUAACUAUGUUUUGUUGUUGAUACAAAUAGGUUAGAGAAUAACAUAGAUCGAUAAGUCAAUGUAACGCUUUCGCUACAUUUUGACGCUCAGAUUUAACGCUGCUUUUUAUCUAGAUGGCAUCGAAAUCAUACUAUGUGAUCAAAUUUGACGCUAGAAUGAUAGAAGCUAGCGUCACCAUGAAAUCACACCUUAAUUGUAAAGGUUCCACCUACCUAGGUUUACUUCUAAAAGUGCUCAUCACGCUUUAACAUGAUUCAUUGAAAAUAAAAUUGAAAUCGAAUUAAGAAAAAACAAAUUUCGAGAACUAGACAACGAAAUUAUGCAUUUCUUCUUUCUCCAUCACCAACGCGUCCUCACAGUUGUGAUAAAAAUAAAUUUUCGGAAUAUAAAUUAAUAAUUUGUAACAU